AUGGAUUCCUUCACAUGUGCUGUAGCCAGGGCGACUGCUCGCGUUCUCGUUCAUUGGCAUCGUUAUUCAAACAGCGGGUGGCGUCAUUAUAGCAGUAAGGGGAGGCCCCAGCGUGAGACCUUGGGCACAUACCGUGCACUGCGUCACUUUGACGAAUUCUACUCGGGUGUGUUUGGUGAUGCGUGGCCCUCUGUGCGCCUGGCGCUCCUGUGCCCCAACAAGCCGUGCGCCCUUACCAACACCUUAGUGCCCAAUGUGGAGGACGUGGAAAAGCAGCUGCGCUCACUCGGUGCUCUAAGCCUGAGCAACCUGUGUGAGCGUCGUGCUGGUACGGCUGCUUCCACAAAAGAGGAUAAACCUGCCACCAGCCUCGAGCUUGCCCAGCCCCACGAACACGAAGACAGCACCAGCUGCAGUGCUGCCGAAAGCGUAGACCAGAGUUUUGACGAGGGGUCCCGCUACAUACCACCAAAUGAUGCAUCUACCCCUCUCAUGAGUUUUGUGCCCACCUCACGGCUGGUCUACCAGGAGGAGCAGAUCAGCGAGGACUCAUAUCGUGGUUUCUACAAGCCCGACAUGGACGUACGUCUGCCCAUCAAACAUUGGCCAAUGGGCAAGGGAACCAUAUUCCCGGGCAAACUGGAUGUUGCCAUGUUUGCCAUGGGUGACAUUUCAACUUUUCCUCCGCCUCGACGAUGUGGGAAGGAGCGGCUUCUUGACUAUUAUCUGAUGGAUGGUGCGUCGGUGCUGCCUGUGCUGGCCUUGGACCUGCAGCGGGGCGAUGAGCUGGCCGACCUGUGUGCUGCUCCUGGGGGCAAGCUGUUGGCAGCCAUGUGCACGGGACUUCUUGGCAGGGCAGUGGCAUGCGAUGCAUCCUCAUCCCGUGUAAAGCGCCUGCGUGAAUGUCUCCAAAGCUACCUGCCAGAAAAGCAGCUGCAGAAGGUCACUGUACUGCACCGCAACCUGCUUUCUCCUGGCUUCAUGGAGCAUCAGUCAUUUGACAAGAUUCUGCUGGAUGUUCCCUGCACCAAUGACCGCCUAUCAGUGGCCGAGGAUGACAACAACUGGUUUGGCCAGAAGCGGCUGCAGGAGCGCCUCAGGCUGCCACAACAGCAGAUGGACAUGUUGUGCCAGGCACUGACCCUACUACGCCCCGGUGGCAGCCUGGUGUACUCCACCUGCUCCCUCUCACCUAUUCAGAACGAUGGGGUUGUGCACAUGGCACUGCAACAACUCAAGAACGCCACGGCCCAGUACGUCAUUGUAAACCUGUCCGAGGCCUUUGCCUCGCUGCCCUUCCGCUUCUUUGAUGGUUGUCGCUAUGGCCAGCUUGCACUUCCAUACCUGCCCAACAAUGUGGGACCCCUGUAUGUGGCCCGCAUUGAGCGCAUAUCCUAAUGUUUGUGACAGAAUACUUUAGCAAAGCCUUUUGAGAACAUAGAGCUGUGAUGAUUUGAGAUGGUGUAGUCGACCUAAGUUUCAAUUGUUUGGUGGCACUGUAGCUUUGGAAUGAGGAUGACGCCUAUGGCAUGGUCUGCGAGCGCCUGUGAGGCUGGCUCUAGAAACAUUGGCCCUUUAUUUUCAUUCCAAUAGCAAGAAAUUAAAAGGUUAACUUGUGACAACAAACCAGCAAUUAAGGACUAAAAGAUGACGCUACAUGUUAUGCAUUGCCUUGUAGUUUUUUCUUGUUCCUUUAAUGUUUUAUUUGUGAAAUGAAUGACCACACAAUUGAUUUUUUGAAGAAGUGGGAUGCUUUCUAGAGUUUCUGGUAAGCAAGUCAUUAGAUUGAAGUAGCCAGAAAUUAAUUUCUUUUAUCAGAUUUUUUUUGCCGUAUAUAUAAAUACUUAUUGGCUCUAGCAGAUUGGGACUUUGGAUCGCAUUAAAAGUCCUAUAUACUAAAAUUUCUUAUUUUAGGCUUUAGACCCUGUGCAAACCUUCUUUUUUCUUUUACUGGAUGAUCGAACUUCCGUUGCUUUUUCUGACAAAUGAAAAAAUAUGAUUUUCCUGCUAUGAGGCCCAUGACAGAAGCAUCUCAGGAACAUAAAAGUGACAUUUCGUUAAUGUGGUCAAAAAAAUUGCCAGAGUUGGCUUCUAAGGCAUUGGAUGGCAGACGGACAAUGGUUGGUAGAAUAAUCAAUGAUAAACUAAUCUUUUCUCAAUGUAUAUUUAAGUUGCCUAAUCAGAAUACCACCUUGCAUUUAAUUCAUACUUGCUUAUUCCAUUCAGAAAUAUUAUCGUACCGCCGUGGUGGUCGAGUGGGUAAGGUACUGAGCUGCUGACCCACAGGUCGCAAGAUCAAUCCCAGCUGCGGUGGCUGCAUUUUCGAUGGAGGCGAAAAUGCUGUUAGUCCGUGUGCUCAGAUUUGGGUGCACGUUAAAAAACCUCAGGUGGUUGAAAUUUUCAAGCCCUCCACUACGCCGUCUCUCAUAAUCUUUUGGGACGUUAAACCACAUAUCAAUCAUCAGCAAUAUCACCUGCCUUUGUUUCUUUCAGCCAAAUAUUUGCAUUUAUGGUUAUCUUUCAACUAGUCUGGAAGGCCAGUCCAGAUGUCUGGAGUACGCCAUUCCCGCUGACUUUGAGCAUAUUUUAAAAAAUAAAGCAGAGGUGUGCAGACAUGCACUUGACUCCUUGCCGAAA